AUGGCAAUCCUCCUCCGCCUGAGAAGAACCCACCCUUUUCUGCUUCAAUUCCGCCUCUUAUCCACCUCCAACUCCAGCGGCGAUGGCCCCAAUUCCUCCUCCGUUAAUUCCAAACAAGCUUCCCUCAACACCAAUUUUCAGAGCCACGUGCAAUUUGAGAGAAAGUGGAAGCUGUUAACUUUGAGUUUAUUGAGUUUUAGGGAUAGAUACGUUAAUGAACGCCAAUUUUUAUCGGAGAUGAUCAAGUCCAGACAAGCUUUUCUUAAUGAGACAAUCGAGAAUCUGUCUGUGCUGUCGGCGCUGCCGUCCUACCCCAUCUUGCUGCCGCCGACACGGCAGAUGCAGAUGAACUUAGGUGAGAAGCUGAUUAACUCAAACAGGUUGGAUAGGUUGAUUUCGUUGAAGGAGAUGCUGGUCGAAGUUGAUGAGAUGUUAGCGGAGUUGUCAAACUCCAGACUAACAUUUCUCCAAGAGAUCAUCAACAGCUUCUUGGUGCCGCGUCCCCUCAUCAAUGAUGAGGGGCCGCUGCGAAAGAAGCGGGAUGAAUUAAAUGAGAGACUAAUGAGGUUGAGGGUGAGCGAGACGAGGUUCAACUCCUCCAACCACACCUUGCUAUUGCUGACGGUGAAAUUCUUUUUUAAGCCGCUGAAGGUCUUAAAUAUGGUGAUGUUGAUGAAGGAGAUACUUACGAUGAAGGAAGACGAGUUGUCAGCGGCAUUGAGCAACUCCGGACUAACUAAGCUCCAAGUUAUAGAGAUCAUGAAGGACUUAUUUGAGGAGGAGAUGCGCCCGCGCCUGCGGCAGACCUCCUCGGUUGAUGAGGGGUGGCGAAAGAAGUGGAAUGAAUUAAAUGAGAUGUGGAAUGUAUAUAACGAGAGAGGGAAUAGGUUGAGGGAGAUGGAGAAGCUGAAGUCCAAGUACCCUACCUCGAAGCCGCCGAGGAAAAUCUUGUGCGGGAGGCGGAAGACCUUCUAUUGGUUCCAAGAGACCUUGUGUGAAAGGCUGAAGACCAUAAAUAGCCACUUAAGGUUGAAGGAGAUGCUGGUGAAGGAAGAUAAGUUGUCAACGGCGUUGACCUUCUCCAGUCUAACUUCUCUCCAAGAGAUCAUCAACAACUUCUCCGAUAUUGAUGAAGGGCCGCCAAGGAAUGAAUUAAAUGAGAGGUGGAAUGAAUUAAAUAAGGGAUUGGUGAGGUUGAGGGAGAUGGAGGUGGAAGAUGCUGAAUUGAUAGCCGUGAGGACCAAUGGCGAACUAGAUUUUGUCUUCCAAAAGAAGCUCUUCAAGAGACGGAGGUGGAAGAAGCUGAAUUGAUAGCCGCGCCCUAAGUUUUAAUCUAACAAUGUUGAGUAGAAUUUUAAUCUUUAUCAUCUUAUAAAUAGGGGAAUUUUAGUUUAAGGUUUAUCAUGUUGUCUUGCUUACACAUUGAUGCUUACUGGCACUUGUGGCACUGGCUUUCUCUCUAUUUAUUGAUUUUGAAUGCUUACUUUGCUGUGAUUUUACU